AUGAAACGAGAGCCCAGUCAGCCAGUGGAAGACUACAUUCUGACUGCUGUCUUCUCAGACAUCAUUACCAGCAUCACCUUUGUUGUCUUUGUUAUCACGAUGCCCAUCAUUGCCAUGAACUUGUUGGUUGGUGUGGCCGUUGAGGACAUUCAUCGCAUUAGACAGAAGGCAACAUUCUAUUACAUGAAGUUAAAGGUGGAUCGUGUGAUAUCAGGAGAGAAUAUGGCUUUUGGUACCCCACUACGUAAAUACGUCAUAAGAUGGCUUCCUAUCACGGUCCAGUCAAUGAACAUGCGACUUUCACGUCAAUCCAGAGCUGCAAGGUUUCGAUCUUGGUUUACUUCUGUCUUCGAUUUUGAAAAGCUUCGAGAAAGCGUUCGAGAGGUCUGUUUGAAGAACCAGGAGAGAAAAGAACUUCGCGCAAAGAGUUCACCUAGCAGUCAGGAUGACCAGACCGAUGGUGGAACUGACCAAACCGUACUUCAAAAGCUACGUCAAAUGCGAGACGAAAUCAAUGGAAUGAUAGGUCAAAUUGAACAUAGUACUGUAUAAAGGUAUAGGAAAAG